GACGCGCGGGUUCGGCCCCUCUCUUCAGCACUAUGGGUGUCGGCGAGCGCGGCGUCUCCUCCUGCCCGCCCAAACGCCAGACGAUGGCGGCCAGGCGCUGCGUGGAGUGGCUGCUGGGCCUCUACUUCCUCUCUCACAUCCCCAUCACCCUGUUCAUGGACCUGCAGGUGGUGCUGCCGCCCGAACUCUACCCGGUUGAGUUUAGAAACCUGCUGAAGUGGUAUGCUAAGGAAUUCAAAGACCCCCUGCUACAGGAUCCCCCAGCAUGGUUUAAGUCCUUCCUGUUUUGCGAGCUUGUGUUUCAGCUGCCUUUCUUUCCCGUUGCAAUGUACGCCUUCUUCAAAGGAAGCUGCAGGUGGAUCCGUAUCCCUGCCAUCAUCUACUCAGUUCAUACCAUGACAACUUUAAUUCCAAUUCUCUCCACAUUUCUACUUGAGGAUUUCUCCAAAGCCAGUGUUCUCAAAGGACAAAGACCUGAGACCUUCCAUGAACGACUGACUCUUAUAUCUGUCUAUGCGCCCUACUUAAUCAUCCCUCUCAUACUACUCCUUUUCAUGUUGCGGAGCCCCUACUACAAGAAUGAGGAGAAAAGAAAGAAAAAAUGAGGGAAACAACCACUGGCAGUGGGGAGAGAUACCUACAGGGCAGUUGCCUAUUGGACCCAAUACAAAGAAAACUGCUCAGAACCCAUGUUCUCAGUAGUAUUUGAAACACACCAGCAGCAACACACAAGAGCAAGAUAAUGGCAGGAGCCACAUGACCCUUAACUUCCAGGGGCACUGGGAUGAACAGACCGACCAGCAGAGAGGUGUGGUCUAGGUUAGAGGGAAGUGGUGCCAAAUACCUCAGUAUGGGCCUAAGUUCCAUUUCAGGAUUGCGAAAGCAGAACCAGACCAGAAACUAGAUAAACUUCCAAGAACAUGGCCUGCUUGACAUGUUUGAGUCAUCUGACCCACAGUAUACAAAGGUCCUUCAGAAAGUCUGUGGAAAAAUUGAAUUAAAAGAUAAUAUAAAUCUUUCCAUGAACUUUUUGAAGUACCCUCAUAUAUACACAUGACUAAACCCAUGGCUCAUGAUUCUAUAGCAUGUCACCAAUCAGCAAAAUGAAUAGAGGGAUGUUUGGGGCCAUUUUAAAAUUUGAAAUUAUGCCCUUUAAAUAUUCAUUAAAAACUAUAUCGUGUUUUCUUGCCUCCACCUCUAUACCUAGAAAAAGAAAAUAUACAAAAGAGGUUUAAGUUUAGUUUUCCUUAAGGUUCAGCCCUAGCAUGACUUUCAGUCAGAAAUGGGUUAAACUAGAAGGCAUUUUGUUUCUGUCUUAAACACAUCUUCCAGGAGAAGAGAUUUUUUAAAAGUCACUUUGUUCAUCUUCCUGUUUCCAAAUCUUAGUUUUCCAUGUUUUUAGAAACCAGCUGACACAGGUCCCUUUACUCUCAAAGUCUGGCAUGUCAAGCCUUAUUUGGGAGUGUGCUGCCUAAUGAAUACCUUCAUCCUUCCUAAUAGUUUAUUCACUCCUAUCUUGUUCUCAGUAGAGGGGAUGGGGGACAGCCAGGUAUGACAUGCCCAGUGUGUACAUAUAGGGUUUCUUCACUUUAGUGCUUGGUGUUCCGUUAGCUUUGUCUAAGUCUACUCAAGGCCAACCCUAAAAAAGAAAAAUAAGAUGGUAGACAACAGGUCUAGUCAGUUCUGUUUUUGCCCAUUUUGCUUACAUCUUGUAUUGAUCUGAUUAUUAGUGGUACUGUCUGACUCAUGUGCAUCUGGUCCAAAUAAAAGGUAGCUGCUGACACUUGCCUGGUUUGUUUUGUGGAUUAGGAGCUAGAGAAUCCAGUGUUAAACAUACUUCACAGACACCAGGCAAAAAAGGUAGAUCCAGCCAUUUGAAAACAGUAAUUCAUUGCUUUUCUUUCCAAAAGUUUGUGAAUUUACAAAAAAAAAAAAAAAAAAAAAAAAAGUUUACAGAUGCUUAGUUCAGACUAAGAACGCAAGAGGUAAGAAACUGCACUGUGGCCACCAACAUUUAAAACAAGCUCCCCCAGACUUGCAGUAUUGCCUUCAGAGGGCUGUGUGCCUUCCACGCCAUCUCACAUGACAUACUUAGAUUGUUAAGUCAGGUCACUGGAAUGGUACAGAGGGUUUUGGUUUGGAGGUGGGUUUUUUUUUUUUUCCCUUCCUGCUAUAAAAAUGAAAUUUUCAGUUCAUUUCUGAAAAAUAAAUUGGUCAAUAAAUUCAUUUUGUUCU